CGAACCGGAACCCAUGAGCAAAGUAUACAAAACCCUAGCCUGAACCAUCCCAAAGUCCCAAUCUCCCGCCGCCGCCAGCAAUGUCUUCCACCCCCGCCACGGCCGCCGCCGCGCCAAAGCCUCGGCUCGGCCGCGAGGCCGUGGUCCGCGCGGUGGAGGCGCUCCUCCGGUGGCUCAAGCACCACCCCUCGCCGGCGCCGGAACCCAUCUACCUCCUCGUCACCCUCAAGAGCCCCCCCGUCCGCCGGUUCGAGCACCACCUCCGCCUCCCGCUCUCUCCGUUCCCCUCCAUCUUCCUCGUCGCCGACCGCCUCCCCGACGACCUGCCCGACGACAUCGAGGUGCUCCCCUCCUCCGCGCUCCGCUCCCUCCCCGCGGUCAUGCGCCGCGGCCUGGUCCUCGUCGACCGCCGCCUCAAGAUCCCCAAUAGCGGCAAGGGCAAGGGCAGGAUCGUGCCCGUCGACCUCGCCGACCCGGCGUGGGCGACGUCCGCGAGGGAGGCGGCGUGCUCCGUUGAGCUGCGCGUGGAGGCCGGCACGUGUCGCGCCGUGCGGGUGGGGCAUGCGGCCAUGGCGCAGGCCGACGCGGUGGAGAACGUGGUGGCCGCGGUGGAGGCGGCCGCCGCGUGCGUGCCGAGGAAGUGGAAGAACGUGCGGGCGCUGCACCUCAAGGCACCCGAGUCCGUCGCCCUGCCUCUCUACUCGGCGCCCGGCAGCGAUGAUGCCAAAGACGCCAAGCGGGAGGUUGCGGCGACUGCUGAACAGGGGAGGCUGAAGAGGAGAAGGAGAUAGUGGCAUGUUUUAUGUUAUAUCGGUGUUCGAUUGGUCUGUAAUGGCAUCGAGAUAAACUACUCUUUCGUCCCCUGUUCAUCCUCCAAUAUUAGAAUGUAUUUUGCUGAAGUUGGAUCAUUCCCUGUUCUUGAGUUGAGAUGGUGCAAGUUAGUUAUUAACA